AUGAAGAUAACUUCGCUACUCGCCUUAAUUGGCUCUCUUGCGUUCCUUCCCACUGGAUUCUCAUCUAUCGGGUUGAAUAUGACCAAACACGUUGCAACCAUGCCGUACAAGCAGGUUUGUGUUUGGACUUACAAAACAAGACGAUACCGUGUCAAUCUUCGGCGUCUUAACCCAGAACUACAGCUCCAAAAUCUGUUUGUGACGGACAGAAUUUGUCGCCUACAUUUGGCUACUGCAUUAAAUGAACGCGGUCAACAUAGAUGGUGCUAA